UGUCAUCAUUUGUGUCAUCAUUGCAUCUGUUAAACCUCAGAAAGUUCUCCUCACUCGCGUCUCCUGGAUACUUUUGGAUCGUGAACUUCCUGUAUGUUCUCACCGCUGCUCUCCUGCGUCCACUUGUAUGGUGAUCCGGCAGCUGUUGGAACCAAACGGUGAUGGCGGACUCUGCCGGUGCUCCAGAGACACGCCAGUCCCCCAAAGACGCCAUCAAGUUCUCGAUCAAGAACCUGCUCAACAUCGAGGACCACCAGACCCCCGUCUGCAGGCCCAAGACUUACCUGCAGGGCGGCCCGUCCAAGGGGCUCCUGGAGGGGAGCUUCUUCUCCAGGCUCGCCGACUUGUCUCUGCCGCGCUUGGAGCUGCCGACUCAGCGGCUCGGUCUGUCGGCUUCCCCCUGGUGGUACCCGCUCACCCUCGGUGGGCACCUGAAAGCAGCAGGGUCAGACAAGGAGCAAUUGUUGCUGCAAGACAGGCGCUCCCCCAACCCCCCCAAAAGUGAGCAGGACCCUAAAGAAGAAAGUGCAGAAGAUGACGAAAGCGACCAAGACGAAGUCAAAACCAAAGAGCCGGACGACGACUGGAGGAGGAAACCCGACAGCGACCCGGCGGACUCGGACAAGAAGCAGUGCAGAAAGAAGAAGACCCGCACCGUGUUCUCCAGGAGCCAGGUCUUCCAGCUGGAGUCCACCUUCGACAUCAAGCGCUACCUGAGCAGCUCGGAGAGGGCCGGCCUGGCCGCCUCCCUGCACCUGACCGAGACCCAAGUCAAGAUCUGGUUCCAGAACCGCAGGAAUAAGUGGAAACGGCAGCUGGCGGCCGAGCUGGAGGCGGCCAACCUGAGCCACGCCUCGGCGCAGAGGAUUGUGCGGGUUCCCAUCCUGUACCACGACAACGGAGCUCCGGAGAGCAGCGGCAGUCCGGCCGGGAGCUCCCCCGGCAGCCAGGCGUCUCUCCUGGCCUUUUCCCACCACAUGUACUACCCUCAUCCGGUUCCUCUACUGAGACCUGUUUAACACAAGCCUGUACUUUGCCUGUUUUGUAGAGUGGAUGCAUUCCUAUCAUGUGAUCUUCUUUUAUGUCCCAGACCCUUUUUAGGAAUAAUAAUCUUAUUUGUCAUCAAUGCUCCAAAAUGCUUGUAUAUAUUUUCAUGUGCAAGAUUAUACAUAAUGUAUUUUUAAGACUCUUGUGCUUGUGUUACGUUAUAUUGUGGGAUUCGAUAUUUUCAUAUUUCUUAAUUCAAUGGUGCAAUACAAUUGUCUUGAUGUUAUAAGGCUUCAUAUAUGCUUUGACAAUGGACAAUCAACAUCAUCAUCAUCAUCAUGGUAAAUAAAACCAC